CUAACGCCGCGAUCACUUCACUGCCUAGACAGAUGUUCCGCGCUACGCCUGGAAAGCGGACCUCUUUCCAAUCACUACGCUUUCCAGACACCUGUCCGGCACUCAUAGAGUUCUUGACGAACCGAAUUUGCAAGACAAUUGAUGGUCCUUACACAUUCGAACAGCUACGCACGCUAGAGUCUCUCAAGCUCCUCAUUAGCCAGCUCAAACGAUGUGAUGAGCGCUUUCUUAUCUUUGCAUUGCUUUGGUGUCGCCUGCAGUUCUUCACGAAGACCGAUGACCAGCACUCGCUGGAUGGGUCGCGUGGAUUUGCUUGUGAAAUCGCUGCCAUGCGCAUCCUCCGUCGCUACAACAGUAAAGAGCUCCUACAAGUUCUCACGAGUGAUUAUCACGCAUUGGAAGUACCGGAGACGUCCCAAACUGGUAUCAUUGUGACGGAGGUCAGCACAUCGCAAGCUGGGCCUUCGAAGAAUCAGCAGACCUUGCAGGUGCCAAAUGAGCGGUCUCCUUUACGUGUUGAUACCAGAACGUCAAGUCCUACUCGCCGUAGGAAGCAAGCUGAUCUCGAAGCAGAGCCACUCGCCCAGGAAAAAGUCGGGGCACGGACAUUCACGGCCAUGGAAGUAGCCAUUGUUGCAGAGGCCAAGCACUUCAUCGCAUCCCAGAUCGUUCAAGACAUGCUGACUGAAAUUUGGAACGGUGAAAUCGUCUUCUGGUCAGACAUCUCAUCUGAUGAGUACAAGAAGGCUCAGUACUACGACUCGGAAGACCGCGAGUUUUGGGAUUUUGCACGUCUUCGAGUGCCGAAAUAUCACUUUCUGAUUGAAUGGAUCAAUUUCACGAUCCUCACAGCAUUCUACAUAGCAGUGGUUGUCAAAAGAGAGUAUCAAACUCUUGGUUGGCUCGAAGUGCUCCUCGCCGUUUACUUCCUUGGCUUCGCAUAUAAUGAAUACGAUCAAUACAGAGAAAGCGGCGACUCUUCAUUCUACUUGGCCAACCCGUUCAACUAUUUGGACCUUGGCAUGAUCGCAAUCAGCUUUUGCUGGAUGUAUCUUCGCGCCGUUGGCGUUGCCAAGGGCGAUGUUGAUCUUGUUGCAAGAUCGUAUGAUGUCUUGUCCUUGCAAGGCGUCCUGCUUGUACCGCGCCUCUUUUCGUUCCUGUCUCUCAACCAACAUUUUGCUACCCUGUUCCAGUGCUUGCGACGGCUAGUAGUCGACUUCACGCGCUUCUUAGUGCUAAUUGUUGCUCUAUUCACAGGCUUCCUCGUCACAUUCGCGGUUCUUGGACGUCAGUCGUAUAACGUCGAAGAGAUCAGCUGGAUGCUCGUUCGCAUCUUCUUCGGCAACUCUUUCUUGGCGUUUGACUCGAUGCGCAUCAUCGACCCUGUGUUCGGUCCACCUCUCAUGGUCAUUUUUGUCAUCUUUUCUCAAAUAUUGCUCACGACGGCCCUCAUCUCAAUCUUGUCGAACAGCUUCGCUCAAGUGAUGAGCAAUAGCAGGGAAGAGUACUUGUUCCUUUUUGCGACAACGUGUCUCGAGUCCGCCAAGUCUGAUCACAUGGUUAUCUUGUCGCCUCCUUUCAAUCUGAUUCCCCUUUUUGUGGUGCGACCUUUGCGUCUAUGCUUUCCGUCAGGUCAUCCGACAUUGACUCGAGCCAAGAUUCUGAUCCUCAAUGUAACGCAUGCACCAUUUGUGUUGCUCGUCUCCCUCUACGAAAGGUCAUGGUUCAAGCCGCAACCAACGGAUGCUUGGCGACGACGUAUUGCAAAAGGAGCGUCAAGAUCCUCGAGCUUCCAUGAUCAGUUGACUCGACAGGCAUCGAAUCAUACAGUCGCAAGAAUCAAGGCUGGCUUGGGCCUCAACAUUGGUCUCCUUGCUGGUGUUGGUGCCGCAAAGGCAAGGUCAGAGGAUGGAAGCACAGAUGAUGAAGAAGGGCUUGAUACGGGCGUGAUGCUUGAUCCUUCGCCCGCAACUAAUGAGCUUUUUAACGAUGCAACGCGAGCGCGACUCGAGCGCAUGGAACAUGAAAUUGGGCAGCUAAAGUCAAUGCUCAAGGAAGCACUCUCAAAGCAUAGCUGAAAGUGCUGGCCUAGUUAGACAUAGGACAUUGAUGACAAUGAUAGAUUUGUGCUCUUUGCGACUAUUCACUCA